UUCAAACUGACAGGUGGGAGCGUGGCCGUUGGCGCCGGAGCGGAACGGGACCGGCACCGGAUCGGGACCGGGACCGGGAUCGGGACGGGACCGGGACAGGAUCAGGGUCCCACCCGCCAUGUCCUCCAGCGGCUGCACCUUCGAGGACCGGUGCGUGAGCGUGCUGUGCUGCCGGUUCUGCCGGCAGGUGCUGAGCUCGCGGGGCAUGCAGGCGGUGCUGCUGGCGGACACCGACACCGACCUCUACUCCACCGACAUCCCGCCCUCGGGAACUGUUGAUUUCAUCGGAAGCUGCUACUUCACUGAAAUCUGCAAAUGCAAGCUGAAGAACAUCGCCUGUCUGAAGUGUGGGAACGUUGUUGGCUACCACGUGAUUUGUCCCUGCAAGCCCUGCCUGCUGUCCUGCAACAACGGCCACUUCUGGAUGUUCCACAGCCAGGCAGUGUUUGGCAUCAACAGGCUCGACCCUUCUGGUGUGGAUGUAUUGCUCUGGGGCAACUUGCCAGAUCUGGAGGAAAGCACAGAAGAAGACACGUCCUGCACCUCUGAGGAGGAGUACAUCAGAUAAACGUUACCUGCAGGAUCGUCCCUCCACUUGUGGCCUGGCUGUUUGGUUUGGGUUUAUUUAAUUUCACCUGGUGGCCCAUCAGAUCUUAAACAACAGAAAAAAACAGGAAAUCUGGAAAACAAUCCCUAAAAAUCCUCUCUUUCACUGUAGCCUUCCUUGGACUCCUGAAUCUGCCUGGUGUGUAUCCCCUGAGCAGAGAUGCACCUUGGAAAUGCAAACACAAAGUGCAUUUGCUGAGCUCUAUUUUGCUUUUCAUUCUUAAGCCUCAACAGCUGAUAAUCCUUCCUUUCUUCUUCCCUAAAGCACUUUUCACAGAGCAAAACCUCUCAGCUGCUUUCAGUUCAAAAAAAUCUUCAGGAAUGAUCUGCCAGGUCGGGGGAGUUCUGAAAGAGCUCAGCUCAUGUGGUUCAAAGUGGCUCCAAGUUUUGCUGCUCUGGCUCUGUGAUCUCCUGCUCUCUGCAGCUUCUUUGCACCUGAGGCAUCCCAGGAUGCUCCCAAAUGUGCACUGGGAAGCCUCUUAGAGCCUUCCCGUCUUUAUUUUUCGAUACUUUCAGGAUUCUGUCUCCACAGAGAUCAAGUUCAUCUUUUUUCUCCCUGAUAAAACCUAAAUUCUGCAGUUUCUUAGUAGAACUUCAAGGCUACGCUGGAGUUUUCCUUCAGGGCAGCAAUAACACCCAUACACUUUAAUAUAUUUUUUUUUCCCCUCUCCGAAACACAACUCAGUCACGAAAUUGGAUCUUUUUAGAGAAAGCAAAAAAAAAAAAGAAAUCAGGUAAAAUAUUUGGUGUUCAUGCCUAACUUGCAUCCUGAGGUGCACAGACAAUCUGCUUCCUGUAGGUAAUGAAUUCAAAGCUCAUUUUCUGAGUUGCUAACAAACCAUGAUAUUUAACUUCUGAACUAAGUACUGUCCCCUUCAGCUUCUCACCUAAGGGCCACCAACAAAAAACUCAAAGUAAAAUCAUGUUAAGAGAACAGAGGACACUUCAAUAAACCUCCCUGCAGCCUCUUGUGAUACUUGAAAGGGGUGUGAUGAAGACAGAUCUGAAUUGUCUCAGUAUUUUCACUGCUCGUUAUCUAUUUCUUAAUUAAUGGUACUACCUCUUCUGCAUUAAGUGUUUAUUGGUGUAUAUUUGUAUGUGUGUGUCUUGUUUUGAAUUCCUGUGUUGUGUCUGCCCAGGAAAUAAAAGCUUUGGACUCCAGAGUCUUCAGGGCUGUCAUAAAUAUGGACGAUAUCAGAUAAUCACAACAAUGAAAUGGCAUCUUGGAUUAAAGGAGUGGAAUAAUUAGGCUUUUAGCAUUAUGAAUUUGUUUUGGACAACCCAAAAAUAAAAUCACUUUAGGCUGACAAA